GGCACACACUCGCUCAAUUCCUCCCAGUCGGCCUCAGAGAUAUCGAGGAAGGAAGAUAUACCUCGACUCGGACGGCUGUCAUCGUUUCUCUUCAAGAUCCGACUGCAGUAUGGAGGCCGCAAGUAUUGGACCAGCGGUCCCGUCACAAGACUGAACCGGGAGCUCGUAGUGAAGAGGACGUGGCAAGUCGCGCUGAAUGAAGCUCUCACCAUACGGUUCAUUGCUGCAAACACAACCAUCCCUGUCCCCCGCGUGCAUCGUAUAUUUGUGGACAGAGGGACGCGUAACCGGGGCCACUACACGGAAAAGCUCGAUCGCCUCAACGUCGUGAUGGACUACGUGGAAGGAUGUGAACUCGAGUCAGUGUGGGAUGCAAUGGGCGUGCCAGACCGGCUGGUCAUCAUGGAACAACUGCGUGAAUACCUCAGUCAGCUUCGCGCGCUGAAACCUCCCCGUCCAGGUUACAUCGAGGCAGUCGACGGGGGUCCUUGCCGAGACUUUCGAAUUGAAUCGGAUGGAGACGGAUUCGGACCGUUCAGCUCUGUCGAUGUGGGCUUUGACGCAGCCGCACUUGCGUUUCAUCGCUGUCUGAAUCGGACGUACCAGACGUCCUUUGCCCAUUGCGACAUAGCGCCGAGAAACAUCCUUGUGAAGGGAAACCGUAUCGUUGCGAUUGUAGACUGGGAGAUGGCUGGGUGGUAUCCAGAGUACUGGGAGUACACUCAAACUUAUUUCUCCAAUACGGGACUGAUGGAAGAGAACGACUUCUACC